GCUCCGCUUUUCUAAUCAGUUUAUGGAGUUGUCUAGAUAAAAAUUGUAAAAUGGUGAAAAAAUGCUGUUUCUGCAUUAAAUUGCGCAAAGCCUGCAUCAUCAUAGCCAUCGUGGACCUCAUCAUUAACUUAGUGGUGCUCAACUUGGCGGGUCAGGAGUUCAUCGCACACAUUGAGCAGGCGGUGGCCAUCUGCCAUUGCAUCGGCUGCACAUUCCUGAUGGGCGGAGCUCUAAUCAGAUCAACUGUUCUCCUGAUGUUCUUCCUGAUCACUAGCCUGACCAACUGCAUGAUCCUGCUCGUGUACUGCAUCUACAUGCUGAUUAAGGAGGAGCGGUACCGGGAGAUAAUUGUCCCAGGAUCUGCAAUAUAUAUAUGCUUUGGUAUCUACUUCUGGAUUGUCGUCUACUCGUAUUAUGCCGAAGUCAGAGAUCCCGAAGACGUCCUGGAUGUUUAAAACCUUACGCAGAAAGAAUAUAAUUGCCUUCUGGUCUGGAUUGUUUUAUCCGUUUUUCUAGGUGCUUAUGAUCUCAAUAGUAUUUAAGUUAAUUGUAAAACUCAUUCAUGUUUUUUUGGUAAGCUCAAAUGAAAUUGAGAUUAUCCCUAGCAAAUCGGAUCCCAAAUUACAUGUACAUAUUAUAAAAAAAUCGAUUAUACAGUUACUUUUAGAAUCGUGUAACAUGUAA